GCCGGGAAAAGUCAAGGGAGCGGGUCUGUAGUUCCUCUGGGACCAUGGCUGCAGCUGGGAAGCUCAGCACUUUCCGUCUCCCGCCGUUACCCACGAUCCGAGAAAUCAUUAAGUUACUCAGACUGAAAGCAGUGAAGCAGCUAUCCCAGAAUUUUCUCCUGGACCUGAGGCUGACAGAUAAAAUUGUAAGGAAAGCUGGCAAUCUGACAAAUGCUUAUGUUUAUGAAGUGGGCCCUGGGCCAGGGGGGAUUACAAGAUCCAUUCUCAAUGCCAACGUUGCUGAACUUUUGGUAGUUGAAAAGGAUACUCGAUUUAUUCCUGGAUUACAGAUGCUUUCCGAUGCAGCACCUGGAAAACUGAGAAUUGUUCAUGGAGAUGUGUUGACAUUUAAGGUAGAAAAGGCUUUUCCGGAAAGUCUUAAAAGACAGUGGGAGGAUGACCCUCCAAAUAUACAUAUCAUUGGAAAUCUGCCGUUUAGUGUCUCAACCCCACUGAUUAUCAAAUGGCUCGAAAGUGUGUCUUGUAGAGAUGGGCCUUUUGCCUAUGGCAGGACUCAGUUGACUCUCACAUUUCAAAAGGAAGUGGCAGAGAGACUUACGGCCAAUACCGGAGGCAAACAGCGCAGCCGCCUUUCAGUCAUGGCCCAGUAUCUCUGCAGUGUCCAGCACGUCUUCACCAUUCCAGGCCGAGCUUUCGUCCCCAAGCCAGAGGUGGACGUGGGCGUGGUGCACUUCACCCCCUUGAUACAGCCCAAGAUAGAGCAGCCGUUCAAGCUGGUGGAGAAGGUCGUUCAGAACGCGUUCCAGUUCCGAAGGAAAUACUGCCACCGAGGGCUCGGAAUGCUAUUCCCUGAAGCCCAGCGCGUAGGAAGCACGGGCAGGUUGUUACAGUGGGCGGACGUGGACCCCACACUGCGGCCCAGCCAGCUCUCCAUCUCGCACUUUAAGAGUCUCUGUGAUGUGUACAGGAGAAUGUGUGAUGAAGACCCGAACCUCUUUGCGUAUAAUUUCAGAGACGAACUCAAGCAAAGGAAGCGUAAUACUCAGGAAACAGAUGAAGAGGAGAGUCACAGAGUCUAGCUGCCCCUUUGUGGAGGACAGCAGCCUGCCAGGAGUUGAUUUGCACAGUGUGGCACUUUUUAUGGGAGUACACUUUCAUCGUUACAGAAUGACAAUAAAAAUACCAA